GCAGGACAAUAACACAGAUGGAAGGAGCUUUAACUAGGACAUAGACAUUGCGCUUUUAAAAUUACAUUUGUGUUGGCUUUCUAAUCCUUACCCUGCUUCAACAUAAACAUAAUAACAAUUUUCACAACUUAUAUAACCUCACAUUUUGCUUCCAUUGUCUUGCAGCCUUAUCAACUUUAUAAUACCAUUUUCACUGACAUACUGCUCCUUAGCCCUUUAGCUAACUGCAUUUUUGCAGCAUUUUGUGCAGCUAUAAUUCCCAUCAACAGCCCUGUUAGCAUCCUGUCGAAACAUUGCUAUUCCCCACCAUCUAUUCCCAAUGCCUACUAAUACUUAGACUUCAUAAUCAUAAGUAGCAUCUCUCAUUUUGUUUUUGGAUGGAUAGCUACGCCGUUUUGUACAGCUCAGCCCUUCGGACUGGGCUACUCGCCGGCUUCCAGCGAUUGCGAACAGAGCAUAAGAUGUGUGACGUUGUCCUACAAGUGGGGGGCAUAGACUUUCCUUGUCAUCGCGCUCUUUUAGCUAGCUCCAGUGAGUAUUUUUGGGCACUAUUUGGAGAAACCACAACAGAAAGAUUAGCAACUUCUGUUAGCCUCCCAGCGUUAACACCUGAAGGACUGGACGCCAUUUUGGAUUUUUUAUACUCUGGCUGGCUUAGCAUUUCAAAACAGACUCUUCCUGUUGUUUUGGAGGCGGCUAGAUACUUGCAAGUGGACACGGCUGUUACUAUUUGUGAACGUUUUAUCAUUGAUAGCUUGUCUGCUAAUAACUGCUGCGGCUUUGCUAACCUUGCCGAACGCCAUGCCCUUCAGGAUGCACUGGAAGUUGCCAAUCAUACUAUCGCCAUGGAGAUGAAAGUUUUGCUGAAUGAAAACAGGGACGAUCUUCUUGGUUUAAACAUCCAAUCAUUGAUGGAUGUUUUGGACGCAGAUGAGAUACCUGGCGUGAAGGAGGUGGAGCUUAUAAAACUGGCUUUGGAUUGGCUGGAUGAAAAUGAGCCCCUUCCACUUUUAAAAUCAAACCUUUUGCUAAGUCGGUUACGAUUUGGAUUGGUCACUUCAUCCGAUCUUGCCAAUUUGAGCCACAAAGCAAUGAACACUCCGCUGAUAAGAAGCCAGCUAACUCGUGCGUUGGAAUAUCACGGGUUGGCUAUUGAAAAGCCAAUCAGACAAAGCAAACAAACCACAUUGAGAUCAUCAACCAAUCGUGUGCUUCUUGUUGGAGGUGGGUCAAAUCCUGAUUGGCCGGAGCAGCAAAUGAUGAUAUUUGACCCUAGAACCAGGAGAUUUUCAUGCUUACAAGCCGAACUACCAAUACGCCUAAAACAUCAUUGCGUUUGCUCAAUUGGCGGCUUCCUGUUCGUGAUUGGUGGGGAAGAAGUCAAAGAUUGGCUACAAGAUGGAAAAAACUCAGUGACAAUUUUGACAAGUAACAAAAUGUAUCGUUAUGAUCCACGUUUCGACCAAUGGGAAGUGAUGGACUCCAUGUUAGAAAGGCGAUCGCAAUUUACAUGCUGUAUUGUGGAAGAUAUCAUUUAUGCCAUUGGUGGACAACAACAUCAACAACAAGCUAGCAUGUGUUUAGCAUCUGUUGAGUAUUUUGACAUGACUAUACGAUCUUGGAGAAAGGGACCACCAUUGCCUAACCCUACAUUCGGUCAUGCUACAACUGUGCUAAACAAUAACAUCUAUAUAUCAGGUGGAGUCCAAGGCAACCACGCUGGCAUUUUGGGCAGCAACAACUAUAGCCCCGAUCACCACAGAGAAACAAGCAAAGACGUGUUAUGCUGGGAUGUUACUAGCAAAAAUUGGGAAAAGAAAGCGUCUAUGACAAUUGCAAGAUUUGGCCACAGGAUGGCGACAUCAAACGGCUACAUAUACGCUUUACUUGGGAUGUAUGAGCCAUUUUGUGACAUUGAAAAAUACGAUCCAAAUUUGGACAUGUGGGCCAGACUUCGACCCCUUCUUCACGGAUCAUUUAACUACGGAAUGGUGGUGAUGCCGUCUGGGAAUCUGUUUGUUUUCGGAGGGAGGAGGUGGAGUGAUGGACAAGAGGUUAUAGUUAAAACUGUUUUGGAAUACGAUACAAAGAAAGAUCAUUGGAGAGAGGUGAGCCAGCUCCCAAAAGGCAUUACUGGGGUUGAAUGCACGCUGCUGCUCAUACCAGACUGAAGCAGAGACAAGCCACGAGGAGGCAUCUGACAAGUACACGGAUUAAAUGGCCCAAGGAAAAGGAGCCAGAGUUGAAGUAGGUGCAACGCAGUCCUGCGGGUUUAGCAGGACAAGUAUAGAAACAAUAUCACAACAUGAAACGUGAAUGUACUUGGAGAGAAAACACUUCCUAGACAACAGUGUGAGACCUUGUGAUAUGACCUGAAGUGUUAGAGUAGUCCAAAUAUGAACUCUGUUACAAGUAUUGUUCGGUCUCAAAAUUAAGUCCAAGCAAGAGACCCAAUUUGAUGUAAUUUUGUUUGCGUUUGCACAGUAACAUCAGUGUAACAUCACUGUAGCAUUAUAGGCAAACAUAAAUCUUUAAUUAUACUACCAGGAACACUAAAAAUGCACUUUGUAACUUUUCCGAGUUCGUCACCAUGGAGAUUGCCUUACAAGUGCACUAUGUAACUGCACUAUGCAAGUACACUACCUGCUUGUCUCCAUGGAGAGGCUAUUGCUUUACCUGGAAUGUUACAUAGUAUAGUAUUACACCAUAUAAUUAGCAUUUAUUUA